AUUCUUUUGGGCGAAAAAAAGAAGACCGAUCGGUGAGUUUCCAGUUCUUCUUCACCUUCCGCUCUCUUAGACCAUGGACCUUCGAAUUCUAGAAUGGAGGAAGAGCCAGAACAUGGUUCAAUUAAUAUGGAUUCUUCUGUGGCCGGUACGUCGUCUUCCAACGCCUCACAGGUUCUCGAAGAGGUGGCUCAUGGCGGUCGGUUUCCGCCGCACGAUCAAUUUCGAAAUCCGGAACCAGAGGAACGACAAAUCGGAACUUCUUUCCGUGGAAACUUCAGGUUGUUCGACGACGAUGUGUCGGCGGCCAUCGGUGAAGAUACCUGGUCCUGCGCCAUCGUCCUCCUCACAUUUUGGUUCUUCGUGUCCAUGACAAUUUUUUUGGGGGUAUACGGAUCUGAGAAUAUACAGCUCGGUCCUAAUAGUUCACUUCUUCUGGAACCUAACCCCUUUUUUGUGCAGUCUAUAAAGACGGAAGGGCUAAAUCAGUCAAAGCUUGGGCCUAUGCUAUUUGGGUUCUAUGAAUCUCCACCUCUUGAUGUUGUGAAAAUCUGGUCUGAGACUCAUAAAGUGUCCGUCCCUAUGGAUUCUUACAAGGAUUGGAUGUACUACCUUAAUGCGGGGUCUCAAAUAAACAUAUCAUAUGCCAUGCAUUCUCCUAAUACCUCUCUUUUCCUUAUAAUUGCCCAAGGGAGUGAUGGCCUGGCUCAAUGGCUUGACAACUCAUCAUAUCCUAAUACCACUUUAUCAUGGAAUGUCAUUUGUAGAAGUGGUGUGAUUAGGCAGGAUAUAGUAACGUCCUCUAGUUACUAUGUUGCCGUGGGUAACCUGAACUCAGAGGAUGUGGAGGUGCAAUUACACCUGAGGAUAAGGGCUUCCCUCUACAAUACAAGUGAAGCUUAUUACAGAUGCAAUCUCACUCAAGGAGCUUGUGGCAUAGAAAUUUUGUUCCCCGAGGGAAAUGCAGCUGUCUUAACCUCUUUUGGUGAUGAGGCUGCUACUGGCUAUGGGUUGUAUGUCAAACUCUCCUAUGGACCAAGAUUGGUCACAUAUAUUAUUGGUAUAGGUGGUUUGAGUCUGCUCAUGCUAUUCGCCUUUAACUUCUUGAACAAGUUCCAAUGUGCCCGCAAUGAAACAGGAGGUCAUCAUGAACAGAGAAGAUCUGAGAGAGCACCAUUGCUUUCUAACAAAGAUGAUCUUUCAAGUUGGGGGUCGUCUUAUGAUUCCGCUUCCAAUGAUGAGGAGGAUCUUGAAAACUUCCUGGCUGUGGGUUCUCUUGAGGGGAAGUCUUUGGGAGAGGGAGAAAACAGUAAUAACACUCGACGCCUUUGUGCGAUAUGCUUUGAUGCUCCCAGGGACUGCUUUUUCCUUCCAUGUGGACACUGUGUGGCUUGUUUUGCAUGUGGAACCAGGAUAGCAGAGGCAGAUGGCACUUGCCCAAUAUGUCGUAGGAAAAUGAAGAAGGUGAGGAGGAUUUUUACAGUCUAAAAGCUACUCGGCUUAUUUUAAAAAGAUGGCAAA